CUCUGCUCGUCCACGUUCCACAUCCUGCCAUUAAUUUUCCAUUUUCUCUCACCUUCUUGGUGUCUUCCCUCUCCUCCUUUCUGUUCGUCACCGUACCUCACAAACCCGAUUUCCCAUUUCUAGAUCUAUCUUUCUCUCUCGCGCACGUCACAGCCUCUUCGCCCGCGCUUACGCAUCCUCGAUUCAACGGCGUCGUCGAUUUGGUCUCCUCUUCCGCGGCGCCGCCUCAAAUCCGUUUUUAAGCCUCGCCGCGUCCGGUUCAGAUUUCUGGAUCUCGCAUCGUAUUCCUGAUUCUGUUUACUGAUUGAUGGGGGGUGGAAGCUCUAGGGAUUCGGGAGAGAGGGAUUGGAAUUACGACAGUAGUAGUUAUUCUCCUCGCGAGGCGCCUGGCUAUCAGAGUUACCCUCCUCCCGCUGCGCCUUCGUCCUACGCUUAUCCUCCUCCUCCGUCUUAUGCUCCUCCUCCUUCUUAUGCUCCUUCUCCCUCUCAUAGCGAACCCCCUCAGCCGCAGGGUGGGCGGAGGAUCGACAGGAGGUACUCGAGGAUAAGCGACGACUACCAUACCGUGGACCAAGUCACUGAUGCUCUUUCAAGGGCUGGGCUCGAGUCUUCCAAUCUUAUUGUUGGCAUUGAUUUCACAAAGAGCAAUGAGUGGACAGGUAAAGUUUCAUUUGGCAGAAGAAGCUUGCAUCAUAUUGGUGAUACACACAAUCCUUAUGAACAAGCUAUUUCUAUAAUUGGGAGAACCUUAUCAGCAUUUGACGAAGACAACUUGAUUCCAUGCUUUGGAUUUGGAGACGCAUCCACGCAUGAUCAGGGUGUCUUUAGUUUUUACCCUGAUGGAAGACCAUGUAAUGGGUUUCAAGAUGCUUUGCAGCGAUAUAGAGAGCUUGUGCCCCAUUUGCGUCUGGCAGGUCCAACCUCUUUUGCACCACUAAUAGAAAUGGCUAUGACCAUUGUAGAACAAAGUGGUGGUCAAUACCAUGUUUUGGUGAUAAUUGCUGAUGGUCAGGUUACAAGAAGUGUAGACACUCAUUCUGGUCAUUUAAGCUCCCAAGAACAAAAGACUGUUGAUGCCAUAGUUAAAGCAAGUGGAUUUCCACUGUCCAUAAUUUUGGUUGGAGUUGGAGAUGGCCCUUGGGACAUGAUGAAAGAAUUUGAUGAUAAUAUCCCUGCCCGUGCGUUUGAUAAUUUUCAGUUUGUCAAUUUUACGGAGAUAAUGUCAAGGAACAUACCCCAACCCAGAAAAGAAGCAGCAUUUGCUCUUGCUGCAUUGAUGGAAAUUCCUUCCCAGUACAAGGCAACUCUAGAACUGGGGAUUUUGGGUCGUCAAUCUGGAAAAUCUCCACAGAAGGUCCCUCUUCCUCCGCCUAAUGGAGGUUACAAUGCAUCAUCUGUUUCAAGUAACAAUUACAAAUCAACAAGCUUCCAGAGGAGUGCGCCACUCUACCCUGAAUAUGAAACAACAUCUAGUGCACCUCCUGAACCACCCAGUUCAUCAUUAGAAUCCCAGGUAUGCCCUAUUUGCCUCACGAAUCCGAGAGACAUGGCCUUCGGCUGCGGACACCUGACGUGUUCACAAUGUGGACCUAGUCUUCUGACAUGCCCGAUCUGCCGUAGAGACAUCAGUACCAGGAUAAAGCUCUACUGAUCUAUCAGCAGUGAUCCAAACUCCACUCUCUGAUAUUACAGAAUAGUUGAAGUUGUAUAUAAGUGCCCAAAGUUGGAUGCUAUGUAUUCUUUAUUCUAGUCGAUAUUCUUUUUCUUGUUAAAAUUUGAUUAAUAUCUUCGAUGAAUAAUUGUUGCAUGUAGUAGUAGUAAGUGCUCGGUGUUGUUGUAUGUGCAUCCAGUCUGGUAGAGUAUAUUGUACAAGGAGGGAUGGGUUGUAGACAAGUUGGGAGGUGUUCAUCAGUUCUAUUUGAAUGCGUAUAUUGUUGUUUCCA